UAUCUAUCUAGGUGGGUUUUUGCUCCAUUAAUAAGCCAUAUAUUAUCAAUGGACAUAACCCUCUUCGCUAAUAUUAGUCCGAAACAUCAACAAAGUCAUGAGUACUAUUUCAACUCAAACACAUUAUGCACCCACAACAAGCACCAUGAUCAACACAUCAUCAUCGGCACCAACAAUGAUCAGACGGUCUUACUAGACACUAUUAUGCAAGCCACCACCACUACAAGUAACCAUCUUCUGCUGCCACCGCCACUGCCGCCACCGUCAGCCUCAACAAGCCUUUCUUCGGAUUCGGCGUUAGGGGCAGGCGCCGAGCCAUGGCCUCCGGCUACAGCCGACAAUUGGGCUCCAAGACUUCUCAAGGAGUGUGCAAAAGCAAUCUCUGAUAAGGAUUCGACCAAAAUCCACAACCUUCUUUGGAUGCUGAACGAGUUGGCUUCCCCUUAUGGCGACUGUGAUCAGAAAUUGGGGUCUUACUUCUUGCAAGCUCUCUUCUACAAAUCCACAAACUCCGGCCUCCACUGCUACAAGAAAUUGACGUCAGUGGCGGACAAGAUGCGUUCUUUUGACUGUGCUAGAAAGUUAAUUCUCAAGUUUCAAGAGGUGAGCCCAUGGACCACCUUCGGACACGUGGCGUCCAAUGGAGCAAUCUUAGAGGCCUUAGAUGGAGAAGCCAAGCUUCACAUAAUCGACAUAAGCAACACGCUUUGCACUCAAUGGCCUACUCUCCUCGAAGCCUUGGCAACCCGAAACAAUGAGACGCCGAAGCUGAAGCUCACAGUGGUGGUCACGGCGGCCGCCGCAGUAGCUACUGACGACGGUGGUGGGUUAUCAGUGAUGAAAGAGAUCAGGCAGAGAAUGGAGAAAUUCGCGAGGCUUAUGGGAGUUCCUUUCGAAUUCAACGUCAUAUCUGAGCUAGGCCGGUUAGGGGAGCUGACGAGAGAAAGACUAGGAAUUGAAGACGACGAGGCGGUGGCCGUGAACUGCGUGGGAACGCUAAGGAGAGCAGAGGUGGAGGAUAGGGAGGCAGCGAUGAGAGCUUUUCGAUCACUGAAGCCACGAAUCGUGACAGUUGUGGAAGAAGAAGCAGAUUUCACAACCACGAGAGACGACUUCGUUGGUUGCUUCGAAGAGUGCCUUAGAUUCUACACUCUCUACUUUGAGAUGCUCGAAGAAAGCUUUGCUGUGACGAGCAACGAGAAGCUGAUGUUGGAGAGAGAGUGCUCAAGAGGCAUCAUUAGGGUUUUGGCAUGUGAUGAUGAUCAAGAUCAAUUAGAUCAUCAUGAUCAAGAUAUGGAUGAUCCAAAAGAACAAGAUGACCAAAACAAUAAAAAUAAUAAUAGUAAGGAUAGUAAUAACAACAACAUUAAGAAUGGUAUGAGAAGGAGCACUACUGCUACUACAUGGGAUUGUAGCGAAAGGAGAGAGAAGGGAAAGCAAUGGAGUGAGAGGCUGAAACGGGGGUCAUUUUGGCCUGUUGGGUACAGCAACGACGUUUUGGACGAUGUUAAGGCUUUGUUGAAGAGAUACCGGCCAUCUGGGUGGGGACUUGUUCAUCCACCUCAAGCCAUAGGAGGAGAAGGAGGCCAUCAACGACAACAAGAACGACAAUUACUAGUGUAUGAUGAAUCCUCCUCUACUUCUGGAAUUUACUUAAAAUGGAAAGAAGAGCCAGUGAUUUGGGCUUCAGCAUGGAAACCAUAAUUGGUCGGUGAUGAUGAUCAUCUUAGGGACGUUGAUGUCCCAACAAAAACCAAACUGUAGAAUAAUAAAUAUUAGACUAUCCAUUUUGAUAUAUAGCAAGAUAUAGCUAGGUUUUAGUAAUUGAUCAUGAUGAUGGUCAUAUUAUAAGAUUACUACCUAGCUAGGCUAGCUAUAUAGCUAUAAAUAAAUUUAUGCCUCGUAGUCGUUAUAAUAGCGAUUUCCAUAUGAUCGAUCCUUGUUAUAUACAUAUAUAUAUAUUGCUCUCUUAUUAAUCUAUGACUACUUAAAUCAUAUCAAUAUAAGAUCACUUAUCUUUGA